AGAAACCUCAGAGACCAGAAUUCAAUUCAUUUAUAGAUGAGGAAACUGAGGACUGGGGAGGUGAAGAGAAUUGCCCAAUGUCCCCCAGGUGAUAGAGAGAGAAUCUGAAAUCAGAUCCUCUGACUAGAUUAAGAAGCCUUUCUGUUGGGCUGCAUUGCAUAAAUUUCAAACUGGUAGAGAGUCUGCAUUGACAGCAUCUAUUGAUAUAGUCUAGAGCCUCGUCUGGCAAGAAGAACAGAAGGACAUGGAAGCUACUGAUUUAACUGAAGACGAUCAACAAUUCUUCUGGACCCAAGGCUUCUUCUCCAAAGCAAAGAUGCGAUUAAGCCCUGGCAUGCCGCGACUGGUCCGUUGGGCCCUGAUCCUCCUGCUUUCCAUCUUGGUCUUAUCCCUCGUGAUCGUGGCUGCUCAAUGUUUUCAGGAAAAAAAGCAUAUGAGCCUAGAAGUCAAGACCCUGAAGGACUCUUUGGAGAAAAUCAAUACCACCUACGGGGUCCUGAAAGAGCACCAUGAGAGUCUCUCAAAGAUAGUCUCCAAGAACUGGAAGAUUUACAAUGGAAGUCUCUACUACUUCUCCUGUGAUAUUAAGUCCUGGGAUGAGGCUGAGCAAUUCUGUGUAUCCCAGGAUUCCCAUCUGGCAACUGUGACUUCUGUGGGAGAACAGGAAUUUCUUUACAAGACGUUGAAGGGAGAGAGACAUUGGAUUGGACUGAACGACAGACACACAGAAGACACCUGGACCUGGGUAGAUGGGACCAUUUAUGAUGCUGCCCAAAGCAAAGGGUUCUGGAUUCCAGGACAACCCACCAACUACCUGGGGAAAGAGGACUGUGUGGAGAUGAAGAUGGAGGCCCUGGCAGCCUGGAAUGAUGAGAACUGUCAACUAAAAUACAAAUUCAUCUGUGAGAAGCCUCUUGGGUCUUCAAAACUGGACUUCUAGCAGGGCAGCCUCCAGCUUGAAACAGAGCUCUGAGGACUCUAGUUCUGCACCCAGAAGCCUCAUCCCAGAUCCAGCCUCAUCAGGCACUUCCAGGUCUCCAGUCUAGAGCACUGCUGUCAGUCAGCCUUGGGCAGCUGCCUGGAUCUCAGAGCCUGGAAGAGGACUCGGACCUAGGAGGAUUUCUGCCCCAAUCCUAAAGGGUAUCCAUCCAUUCUCGGUCCUCCAAGCCCCCACCCUUAGUCACAAAGUCACAGUUGUAAGAGACUUCAGAGAUCAAGUCCAAGCCAGAAGGAUGACUCUACAAAAGUCCCUCCUCAUCCUCAUCUCAUAGAAUCCCUAGAAUCCUUCAAAGCACAGCCGAGCUCAUACCCCUCCUCCUUGAGCUGUUUCCUAAUCCCCCAAUUGCUAGCACUCUUUUUUUAAAUUAGUUUAUUUAGUCAAUUUAGAACAUUAUUCCUUGGUUACAAUAAUCACAUUGUUUCCCUCCCUCCCCUCCACCCACCCUUCCCGCAGCCAACACGCAAUUUCAUUGGGUAUUACUUGUGUCCUUGAUCAGAACCUAUUUCCAUGUUGUUGGUGUUUUGAAAGUGCUUUGAAGUACUUUACAUACACUUUUACUGGCUUUUUAUUUAUUUUUUCACAGCAGUAGCUUAUUGUGGUUUUCCCAAGUAUAUACAUAUAUAUAUAUAUGUCUAUAUAUAUAAACACACACACACACACAUAUAUAUAUGUAUAUAUAUAUAUAUAUAUAUAUAUAUAUAUAUAGAGAGAGAGAGAGAGAGAGAGAGAGAGAGAGAGAGAGAGAGAGAGAGAGAGAGAGAGAGACCCUUUAUAACAUUUGUUUUCUGGCAAUUUGUGAUCCAAAUUCCUGCCGUUCUUCUGCUCCUCCCUCCCCAAAAUGACAAAUGCUCGGAUUACCCAUGUGCUAUCAUGUAAUACGUAUUUUCAUAUUUAUCAUAUUGUGAAAGGAGACACAUCGCACAUGCAAAAUAAUUCAUGAAGGAAAUAAAGUGGAAACUCAUAUGCUUUGUUCUUCAUUUAGACUAUAUCAGUUCCUUCUAUGGCAGUGGACGGCCUUUUUUGUCAUGAGUCUCUUGGAGGUGUCUUGGAUCUCUGCACUGCUGAUAAUAAUUAAGUCAUU